AUGGCCGCCGUGGGAGGCGCCUGGCUUCUGCGUGCCUCUUCCCUGGCCCUCGGUGGCGGGGCCCGUCGGUGGCUGCUUCUCGCCAGAGCCUGUGCAGGAGCCGGAGGCCUCUCAGGAAGCCAGGGGACAGGCGGGGGUGCCCAGCCGGGCCUGGGUGGUGGCAACGUGGCCACUGAGCAUGUCCGCUGUUGCAGCUCAGAAGAUAAAAUUACAGUCCACUUUCUAAACCGCGAAGGUGAAACACUAACAACCAAAGGAAAAGUCGGUGACUCUCUGCUAGAUGUUGUGAUUGAAAAUAAUCUAGAUAUUGAUGGUUUGGGUGCCUGCGAGGGAACCUUGGCUUGCUCUACCUGCCACCUCAUCUUUGAAAAGCACAUAUACGACAAGUUAGAAGCAAUCACUGAUGAGGAGAAUGACAUGCUUGAUCUGGCAUAUGGGUUAACAGAUAGAUCCCGGUUGGGCUGCCAAGUCUGCUUGACAAAGUCUAUGGACAAAAUGACUAUUCAAGCGCCCGAUGCCAUGGCUGAUGCCAGACAGUCCACUGAUGUGGGCAAGAACUCCUAA